GAUGCUCUCACCCACCUGUCUGCCAGCACUUUUCUGGUGAUGGACCCUCCUGGUGGGGGAGAUGAACGACGGAGGCAGGCAGAGCGUCUUCGGCGAGAGGAGGCAUAUUAUCACUUCAUUAAUGAACUGAGUGAAGAGGAGUACCGUCUAAUGAGAGACGGCAACCUGCUUGGCACUCCUGGAGAGGUGACUGCUGAGGAGCUCCGGCAGCGGCUUGAUGGAGCAAAGGAGAGCUUGUCAACUCAGCCCGACAGUGAGCAGCGCUCACAGAUUACAAGUUCUGGCGAAGUGCAGGGUGGUAGUGCUGAGGGAGAGGCGAGAGUAGCUGGAGGGAGAAGAGUGACAGGGGGUGCAGAGCAUGGAGCAGAAACGUCUAAUGGUGACUCAUUGUUAGAGUGGCUGAACACAUUCAGGCGCACUGGUAACGCUACCCGCAGUGGACAAAGUGGAAACCAGACAUGGCGUGCAGUCAGCCGUACCAAUCCUAACAGCGGAGAAUUUCGUUUUAGCCUGGAGAUAAACAUUAACCAUGAUCAGCCAGAGCCAGGGGAACACAGUGACACAUCAGACCCUGCAGAGCUGCCACUAACUGGACCACACACCACUUCAAGCUCCGUACUCCGCACUGCUUCUUCUUUCUCCACAGCUCGCCCUUCACCCACACCAAGACCAAGCCUUUACCCCUCCCCCCGCCCACCUAUCAGUCAGAGGAUGCAGACACGACGAACACGCAGCAGCUCCACAACUCUUUCCGUGAGUGCUCCAGUACUUCCUGCACCAUUGGCACCCCAUGUCGCUGCACAGAGGAGAGGUCCAACAGUGCACUCUUUUCCACCACUGCCUCUUCCUGCUCUUACCACUAGCGCCCUUGAUCAAGUUCCACCACUGCGACAUCACGCCUUGAAUGCUGACACAGAUCAUAGGAGUGGGGAGAUGGCUGCAUCUGAAAACUAUCCCCAUGUGUCACCCCAGGCUGGAUCACAAACCUCAGCGGUGGCUCAGGAAUCACAUGGUAUUCAGACUCGUUCUCGUGGACGGACACGUAGAGCUGCAGCAGGGACUGGGGUUGCUUCCCGAUUGUCAAGAAGGAGUCGUUCUCCUUUAGACAGAACACCGGUUCCCAGUGAAACUCCUCAGUCAAGCAGUGGUCUCAGUGGUUCUAAUAUCCAUACCCUUGAGUUGAGCACAGGCACAAGCUCUGUUUCCAUGGAUUCUGAGGAAGCUGUGGCAGAACCUGCUGCUUUAUCUGAAUCACCUCGAGAUGCAGGGGAGCGUGAGAGUGAAUCUCACGUAGCAGGCACGGCAAGUUCAGCACUCCGUCGCCACCCAACAAUCAUGUUGGAUUUGCAAGUGAGACGGAUUCGACCUGGUGAAAAUCGUGACCGGGAUAGUAUAGCCAGCAGAACACGUUCUCGUGCUCGGGUUGCUGAGAAUACCGUCACAUUUGAAAGUGAUAGCGGUGGAUUUAGACGAACCAUUUCCCGCUCGGAGCGAGCUGGAAUCCGCACCUAUGUAAGCACUAUACGGAUUCCACUGAGGCGCAUUAGUGAGACAGGCCUGGGAGAACCCAAUUCCACAGCCCUACGCUCCAUUUUGCGCCAGAUUAUGACUGGAUUUGGGGAGCUCAGCUCCCUAAUGGAGACAGAGUCAGACUCUGAAACUGUUGUGCCAAACCACACCGAUGCCAGCAGUACAAAUGGUAGUUCCAACACAGCUGGUCGUUUCCACAUAAAUGAAAACAUAGCAGGUCGUACUGGAACAGUUGGGACAGAUCAGGGGAGCGUCAGUCUGGUGGAGAGUGAAGAGGACCACGGUGGUCAGGCCAGGCUUGGAGGAGGAGCACUGAGCACCCCAGAGGGACGGGCCACAAGUAGAGACACCAACAACCUAGUGGAAAAUGGGACUCUUCCCAUCCUGCGGUUGGCGCAUUUCUUCUUGCUGAAUGAUGAAGACGAUGAUGAACACCCUCGCGGCCUGACAAAAGAACAGAUUGACAAUCUGUCCACACGCACGUACGGUCAGGCCAAUCUAGACGGGGAAAUGGGCCGUGCGUGCAGCGUGUGCAUCAACGAGUACGCUCAGGGCAACAAGCUGCGCCGUUUGCCCUGCUCCCAUGAGUUCCAUAUCCACUGUAUCGACCGCUGGCUCUCGGAAAACAACACCUGCCCCAUCUGCAGGCAGCCCGUGCUUACACUACAUCCUGACUGAUGUAUUUGUCUCCCACAGAACGAUGGUGUUCCCCGCUGGAUGAAAUGAGCAGACCCUACCGGGCUUUGCAUGUACAUAGCGCUUUCAUGGUUUAGUUUCUUUGAAAAUGUACCUCGUGUUGGAAAUUGAAGAACAGUGAACCAGAAGUGCAGAUAAGAGUUUAUGAAAAUAGAAAAUUUACAAAACUUUAUUUUUUUAGACUGAUUUCAGCAGCACAUUGUUUUUCUUCAUCCCGUAACCAUAUUGUACUGGUCUACAUCACAGUGCUCCAGAGACCUGCAUCAUCAGUGCUUAAUAGCCGCUACUGAUGCAUCUCUUUGUCACUUUAAUGUCUGAUACUUGUGACAUUUCUGUCACAUCGGAACUACAUAAAACACUCCUAGAGUUGAUUUAUUCAGCAGAAUAUGUAAAUAGUGUUGCUACCACUUGUAUUUACAUACCCUCUGUUUCAAAUGGAAGUGGAACAUCUUCAGUUAGGUCAUUCUUUCAGUACUCUGUUUUAAGGCUUUGACAUUUUAAAGUGUCCCUUUGAUUGUUUAGAAAAGUCUUAAUUGUUGGGAAGUGUACCAGCUUUGACAUUUUGUAUUCUUUAGAUCCAGCAGGUUUUUUUUGUUUUUUUUUUUGCCCUAAAUUGUGUUCUUGCACCUGUCAACCAUCCAGUUGCAGUCAAAUUCAUCCAUAAAUCUUUCAGUUCAGUUACUUUGAGACUUAAAAUUACACAUAUGUGCAACACAAUUCAAAUUGAGGGUAAGAAAAUCCAUUUAGUAAUUAAGAUGUGCAAUAAGGAGAGAGAAGACAGUAUUGUUUGUGUUAUUAUUCUUUGUUGUUUAUGCCAAACAGAAUUUUCCAAUAAUGGGAAUUUGAUCGAUUAGAAACUCCCCGUUACUAAAAAGGGUAAUCCCUGGGUUCUCGCUGAUUAUUCUUAAACUUUCUCCAAAAUGUUUUUUUGCGUUUCUUAUUUAGCCCAGGUGGAUUAUUUAGCUGAGCAUCUGUUGUGUUUACCGUCACUUCUACGUCUCUGCAGUCAACAUCAAUGACAAAACUACAAGAGUAAUGGACUCUAACAAUGUGAGAGUGGUGUAGUAUGUAUGGUUUAAUUUCUGUGGAUGCUGAAGGAAAGGAUGAGUGUUCUCACAGAGUUCCUCUAACAUUAAUUCCCACAGAAAAAAAUGGAGAGGUUUUUGGCAACUUGGUUCAGGACUGAAUAUUUAUUCUGUUCUUAUUUAAUAAAAUGGAAACCAGCUUCUGACAUGUAUUAUAAUGUUGCCAGAGCAAAUAAAGCUGUUGCGAUAAACGUGUUGCUAAAGUAACUGGA